AAAUCCAGAUAUCUCAAGGGUAUUGUAAUGCCCUUAAUUGAAAAUUAAAAUCUUAAAAAUGUCUAAAGAAUGAAUGGAAUAAAUAAUUUGCGCAAGUGUAUAUAUAGAUCACGAAUCACUCGAUACAUAUUUCUUCUUUCAACCGAAAAGUCGUCACAAAGCUUACGUUUUACGAUAUAAUUCUUUUUUAUUUAUCAGAAUAUAUUAAUUCAUUAACAGACAUUUAUUUUCUUUUUCGAUUUUCCAAACGGAUGGAGAAUAAAGGAAUUCGAUAAAAAAAAAAAAAGGAGACAAACGCGGAGAUGCAGAUUUAUGCACGGGGUCUUUUCAAUGUGUCUCUGAAUAAGCUUUUGUUGCGCGUCAAGUGAAAAUGCGAAAGUAUGCAUAGCGUAAAGUUUUACGCCAACAUGGCGCGCGCAUUUGAUCCGUUUAAUCCAAUUCACUGUGUCUCUCGAAUGUUUUUCGUUGUCGUGUUCGUCGCACGUGGGCGACUUUGGCUCGUCCUUUCUCAGAAGGAAAUGCGUGGGUUGAGCUGACACGAAGACCAAAACAAUUUCGUCCAAUUGGUUACAUCUACGAACGAGCACGCGCGCGAACGCUAUUACCAUGUGAUUGUGAUUGUCAUUGCACUGUAUAAGAGUGCUUAAAAAAUCGAACGCGAUAUCGAAAUGAAGCCGCAAAGAGCCGCAUGUCGGACAUAACUCUAGAAUUGAUUUUGCAAUUUUCAUUGACAUUCCUCCUGUGUGUGUGACUGUACUUAUAUUAUUCUUCUUUUAGAAACAAAACUAAAAAAAAAAAAAAGAAAAGAAAAGAAAAGGAAUAAUUUGAACCUUAGUAACGUUAAUUAAGUUUGCGAGAACGCGUUUCUUAGUCAUUCCUUGGUUUCUCAGAUUAGUCAUUACUGAAGUAGCAAAAUCUUAAUGCUAAUUUAAAUUAUUGGAUUCUGUACAGAAAAGUUCAUGUGCUCAAAAGUCGAAAUUUUCGAAAUGAUUAAUGAACCAAAGGUCGCGUUAAAGUUAUAUUCAAAUUUUAUGUAAAAAAAAUUCAGUUUUGUAAAUUGGCUUUUCAUAGUUAAUAUCACGAUAAGUUGAAUUUCAAGUCAUUAAAUAAUUGACAGCUGAAUAUCGCUUUGUCACUGUCACCAUAAUUCAUACAUCAAUCUAUUAACCAAAGCUGAUCGAAUAUCGAUCCUGAAAUUUUCAAAUAAAUUGGUAUACAUUGCAAUAUAUAUCGUGAAAAAGUAUCGACAUAUUGUGUCGCAAAAGUACUGAAUUAAUUGAAUCGAUCUGAGAGAAAAAUUGUGAAAUGAACUUUACGGGACAAUAUAAAGUGAGGACCGCUUUUAUUAUGCCUCCGAAUGAAGGUCCAACCUCGGGAUGGAGAGGAAACGCUCUUCGAAUUACGGUGCUCGCGGUAGGUUUCGGCAUUUGCGUCCUGUUAUUCCGAAGGAAGGGUUCGUUUGGCGGAAGGUGGAGGAACGUGCAAAUUCAAACUGACAAUGAGUUAGACGACUCAAGUGCCAAUUCGAGUACGAAAAUAAAAGAGCUUAAGAGUGACGACAAAUCCAUAGUGACGUACAACGGCGAAGUCUGUCCGAUCUGUUUAAGUGUGCCGAAAAUUGGCGUGAAAGCCCCCUGCGGUCACUUACUGUGCGCGGAAUGCCUGGCGAGUUACUGCGACGUUAGAAUAGCACCUGCGCCGCCACCUUGCCCAUUAUGCAGGGCGCCGUUGAGUUCGGUGGCCUUGGCCUGCGACUUUGCCAUUCUAGGUCCCAAAAUGUCAGACCCGAACACCGUCAUGGUGCGAGACUGGAUACGCGAGUACAAUAAUCAUCGCGGUUCAAUGAUGUCGGUACGGCCGUUUCUGAAAACGCGACUCGCCCUUUUCUUUAACAUUUUGACUCUCUUUCUAAUUGUUGGAUUGAUCACCGCGAGGCUUCAGGUUUCCGCGGAAAUAUAAAUUUUACUCUCAAAAUUUUAUCGCGCGAAGAGUUAUCAUUACGAAACUUUUCAACAACAAGAAAGAUACGCGUUUAUCGCCUUUUUCCAAAUGGACGAUAUCCUCCGAAGAUUGUUUAUUGCUAAUUACCAUUUGCAAGAAUGAAUAAUAAAUAAAAAAAAAGAAAUAGAACACAUAUUUGCAUAUGAUAAAUAACGAUAUUGAUAUCCGAUUCAACGCAUAUACAUCAGGUAUCAUCCUGUGAAAAAUAAAUGCCAUAUUUUUACAUUAUCGAGAUAAUGACAUUGCAUUAAUCAUAUGCAAUUUAGUUCAAGAGCCAAAGCUCAUGGGUUAAUCUAAAUUCUACUGGCAUACUUCACACUUUUAUAUUGUUAGUUUGCGAGAUUCUUCAUAUUAUUUAUUAUUAGAUAAGUAUCAGUACUAAGACAUUUAAGAAAUAUAUAACAACACAAACAAACUUGCUUGAAUUUUUUUUCUACUUGUUAUAUUGAGCAUUUUUCUUAUUUUAGGGAAAACUUUACAAGACAAAUCAGAGAAACUAUAAACAUAAUGGGCAAUCGAGCGUAAAUUAUGCAAAAAAUGAAUAUAUCUGGCGCACGCAAUCUUUUGGACAUACGCUAUGAUAUGUAUGUAAUGCGAGAAAAUUAAUAUUUCGUUUAUUAAUGACAUUGAUACGUUGUCGAAUCAAUUCGAGCGAGAUCGCAAAUCCAACAUUUUUUUAAUCGCUUCUUUUUUAUUUAUAUUUAUAUUUUCUUUUUUAUAUAAUUUGUUUCUAUAAAUAUGUGUUUGUAAAUAUAAGAUGAUAAGUUAUAUAACGUUUUAUACGUCUUUUAUGUGUAUUGUCCAUGAAUGCAAUAAAAUCAUGUUAUCGUGUAAUAGCUGCAAGUAUUAUAGUGCUUAUAUUUUAUUUUCUCAUCUCAUAACAAGAAAGUUUUUUGCAAAUCUAUUAAUGUAAUCUGACACACAUAUUAACUGUAUAAAAACAUGGCGGAAAAAUUCUGAAAUUCCUAAUAUCAGUUCGACAAAGAAAUGUGCGGAUGCAAAUAACCACUGUAUUUACUUUUUCAUAAUCUGUAUUCUGAAAAAAAAAGAUUUGCCCAAAUUUCUUAACAUUUUAAUUUUUUCGCCUAAUCUAAAGUUAAUUCGAACUGAUUUACAUAUAGACAGGUGCAUCUAAGAACUUACAGGCUCUUCAAACAUUUCCGACAAAAAAAAAAUAUAUAUAUAUAUAUAUAUAUACAAUAUAUAAUUCUAUUGUUGUUAACAAUACCUUUUUUGUAUAGAAUAUAUAAAAAUGAAUAUCCAAAAAAAAAAAAAAUUUACAAGCAUAAUGAACUGUCAACAUGGAUUAAAAAUAUCUAAUACUAUAAAAAAAAAAAUAUAUAAAUAUAUAAAUAAAAUGUGCGUAUGUAAAUACGUGCAAAUGUAAACUUAUAUACUUUUAAUCAUUAAAUCUUUUUCUAAAAUGGAGUUAGUUAUCAACAAAUCAUAGCUGAUGAAAUAUUAGAGGUAAGCUUAUCAUUGUCUAUCAAUAUUAUUUAUGAAUUCCGUCGCGGACAUAUUCCCGAUAUAAGAGAGAUACGGAAAAUAACUCCCCCCUCCCCUCUUGCCAUCCCAUACCGUGUUUCACUUUUCUGUUGCACUAUUUACAUUGUUUUCCUUCGAAUGUAUGGUAAUUGAAUUCUACUCGCCAAAUAGAAGUCGCGCGUUACGCAGCACCGCACGUGCGAUUUCAGGCACGGUAUGCGUCUCGCGACGCGUGGCGCGUCCUGUGUCGCCGAGAUUUCCGCCAGACGAUCGAUACCUAUAAUAUACAUAUACAUACGAUGCGCGUGGUUGAUUCCGUUCCGCCAUAUGUAUGUACAUAAUAUGGGACAUGAGAAAAAGAGAUAUAUUCGCUAAACAACGAUAAUUUUAAUAACAAAUUCUUUAAAGGAAAAGUGAUGAAGGAAAAAAUUCGCGAUUUUACAAUUGAAUUAAUUUUUUCCUUUAUUAUAUUCUUUAAAUCUCCCUAGAAAGAAAUCGAUUUUAAAUUUAUGUUAGAGUCUAAAUUUUUAUUAAAAUAUGUCGUUGAAAUAAUGUAUGUAUG